UCGAAUAAUUCUAUUUUAUUCAGAUCAUCAUGGAUUCUGACGAAAUUUACGAUGGCCCCUGGCAAUUCGAUCCUCGUUAUGACCAAUAUCCAGGCUACGACUACACAAAAGACCCAAGAGUAGUGAUCGUUCCGGCAGCGGUAGCGUCAGAGAAAACUGACACCAAGGGCCAAGAGAAAAACAAUGAUAAUGAUGAUGGCAUGCAAGGAUCCAAUAGCAGUUGUCGUUCCGGCAGCGGAAAUUGACGCCCGUUACAGAAGGGAAACAUUGAUAUAGAAUAUAAUGAUGAUGAUAUGGUAUUGUAAAUUUAUACGUCUUUUUUUAAAAUAUCGAUUCAUUCUAAUAAACUCGACAACAUUCUUCAAAGAAUAAAGACUGUUUGGUUA